AUGAAUCUUCCAUCCCACCCAACUUUAUAAAUUUCGACACGUCGUAAAAUUAGAUUUUGAUAAAAUUACAGCCCCCAACGCCCAUUCGAAACAUCCUUCUGCUUCUUCUCGUCUCCUUUUCUGAACCAAGGUACGGAAGGAGGAAGGAGAUGACAGAAGCAGUUGGAUUUGAAACAGAUGAAGAAACUGGGCUUGAGUUUCACAAAGAACCAAUAAAAUGGGACAACUUUUCCGGUGACGACGAGGAAGACGAUGAUGGGGGUUUUGACGGGGAGGAGGAAAUCAAUUGGAAACAGCAGCCACCAUUCUUUUUUCAAAGACUGGACUCAGAUGAAGUGGUGUACAAAGUGAAGAAAAAGAAAUGCAAGCUAGUUGGGGACUUUGUGAUGGGGGAUCUUCUGGGAGAAGGAUCGUACGGGAAGGUGAAGGAAGUGAUGCAUUGCAAGACUUUACAAAGACGAGCUGUGAAAAUUUUGAAAAAGAGAAAACUCCGAAGAAUUCCAAACGGCGAAGCAAACGUAGAACGUGAAAUAAAUCUGCUAAAACGCUUAUGCCACCCGAAUGUGAUAAAAUUAAUCGACGUGAUGUACAACGAUGAAAAACAAAAAAUGUAUAUUAUUCUGGAAUACUGCCUGUCUGGGCUGCAAGACUUGCUUCAAUUUGCCAAAGAAAAUAUGUUCCCUGUGUGGCAGAGUCAUCGGUACUUUACGCAACUAAUUGCGGGCCUAGAAUACCUUCACGGCCAAGGAAUAAUUCAUAAGGACAUUAAACCUGGAAACUUACUACUUACGCUUGAAGAAACAAUUAAAAUUACCGAUUUUGGAGUAGCAGAGGCACUCGACCCGUUUAAUCCUGACGAUACCUGUCACACAAGUCAAGGAUCACCAGUGUUUCAACCACCAGAAGUUGCGAAUGGGGAAAGCUUUUCCGGGUCAAAAUUAGACGUUUGGUCUUCUGGCGUCACGCUAUUUAACAUGACCACAGGCAAAUAUCCGUUUGAUGGCGAUACUGUGUUUCUCCUCUUUGAAAAUAUUGCCAAAGGCGAAUUUGUGAUACCAGACAAUGUCGAUGAGUCCCUUUCCAGCUUACUUAGAGGAAUGCUUCAUGUCGAUCAAAAUCACCGGUUUUCCAUUCAAGACAUCAAAGCACAUCCCUGGUUUAAAAAGUCACCCGUGCAGCUAAUAUCUAAACGUUCCAAUCGAUUUCCCGACGAUAUGGUAAAAAUGCCACCCGAACGUCGCAAGUUAUCCGUUCUUCCCUAUAUCAUAAACCAAUUUACUCACGAUUCCGACUCUGACGAGGACUAUGAUGAGUUUGAACAUAGCCAUCACGAUUUUAAUAAUGAGACUGCUUUUAAUAAUUACAACGAAGAGAACGGUUAUGAAAUUAUUGUGGGACAAGAUGUCGGCUUUGGCGGUGGUGGUCUAGAUGAAGGGAGCAGUAGACGGACUGAGAAUCGAGUCGUAGUACAACAACCCGCAUCACAACAACUCCCCUCCAACAACAACAAGCAACUCGUAGUACAACAUGAUCAACAAAGAGUCAACUGGAUCAGGAGAUCUAUUCGCAAAUUUCCAAAUAAUUCGUUCUGCAGACAAAGCUAACAAUUUUUUUUUAUUUCUAAAAAACAAGUCAGCUUUGGAAUUUCAAAUCAAAUCGUUAUUUAUCACGAAUAAU